AUGACUUAUCAUGCAUCAGCAACAUUUUCUGAUGGAUUCAAUGUUGGUGAAAUUAUUUGGGCAAGACGUAAUCAUGAUGGUACAUAUUGGCCAGGAAGAAUAUUAUCUAUAUCGAACAAUGUAAUUGAUACAGUAUCUACUCAUAAUUAUUUACAAGAUCAAUCCUGGUCUUAUCUUAUUGAAUUUUUUGAAUAUAAUCAAACAAAUUGGACGAUUGAUAUUCUACCAUAUCGACAAUACCGAGAUUAUAUGUCAAAAAAUUUAACUCUCCAUUAUGAGUCUUAUCCACAAAUAAAAUAUCAAUUUUUAAAUGCUAUUAAUCAAGCUGAUUAUGCUAAUAACAAUGAAAAUCCUCAUCCUAUUAAAUCAGAUAAUUACUCAUCACCUUAUUCUUUUAAAACCAAUCACAAUGACAAUUAUAUUCCCACAUCAAAUUCUAUUGUUACAGUUUGUGGAAAUUCGAUACCAUAUAACAUGAACGACAAUUCGAUGGAUUCUUAUUCUCAAACAUCAAAUAUUUAUUAUCAAUAUCCAUCGAAUUGUUCUUAUAAUAAUCAAUUAUAUUUAAACAAUUAUUGUUCAUAUAGCACGCAAUUUCAUUUUUCCUCGGCAGAUCAAUUAUCAAUUGAAACUAAUUUAAAUCCAAUAACACAAUUAAAUAAUAAUUAUCAUCAAUCGCAGAACGAUACUAUGAAUUCUCAAAUAGAAACUUUCCAAAAACAAAAUUCCGUUAUUAUAAUUACAUUAAAAACUUAUUCAAAUUCAUCAUUUAUUUCUUAUCUUUUCAAUUGUCUCUCAAAUAUUUUUCAUUCUUCAAUAAUCUAUAUUGAUGAUUNUUUUUGUUGUAAACUUAAUUAUUUACUACCUUUCACCGAAAAUUUUUUCGGGGCAACACUAAAAAUGCUACGGAGGAACUAUUUGAUCAGAAUAACUCGUUAA